AUGGACAAACCCCAAAAAAAGGUGGUUGCAUAUGAGGAAAAUACUCAGAAAAUGUCGUAUCUUAUGCACGCCGGUCGACUUGUUUUCGCAUUUGCGUUCAUCUUAUCUGCAUGGAGAGACUAUCAUGGAAUAUUAAUCAGUCUUAAUGGUGGAGUAGCGGUCGAGGCCCUAAGACCAAAACUUGGUUUCUUUGAAAACCAGGCAAAGUACAUUGUUAGUCUUGGUAUAGUGAUGAAGGUAUUAGGGGGGAUCUUGUUCAUCUUCAACACUUACCUCGGAGCUUUUCUCUUGCUUAUAUAUCAAGUAAUACUGAGCCCCCUCUUGUACGAUUUCUACAAUCGCGAUUAUGAUAGAGAUAAUUUCAGCCUCUUCCACACAAAAUUCAAAGCGUUUGUGAACGAGACAGUAUCAGCAGAUGAUGGAGUGGCCAUGAGCUUAUAUAAAUCAAUGGUUAACAAAGAGUUGCGCCAAAGAAUUUUCGUUCAAUUAUAUGAGAUUGCAAGACUAGCCAUCUCGAAUCCUCUGUUCACACCUAGCGAGUUUAACACAUCGUUUAUGAGGUUCAUUAAGGUCAUUGGAAUAGUAGGUUCGUUGGUGUAUUUCAUUGCAAUGAAAUAUAAGUAUGAGAUGCUGAAGAAAAUGUCCAAGAAGUCCAAAACUAAUUGA